ACGGAAGUGAGAGAGAGAGAGUGAGAGAGAGAGAGAGAGAGAGAGUCAGUCAGUAGGUAGACUCGGACUCAGUUUCCGAAAAAGGGCGUCCGGGGCUCAUUUCUCAUGUUUGUUUCUCCGGAGGAAGAGGCGGGCUCAGCGCCACAGAUCCGGAAUUGAAGUGUUGUUUCUCGGCUCCGCGUCUGUCGGUCGGUCGGUCGGUGCGCGGCUGGGGCUCCAACCCGAGCGAAGAAACUAGAGAGCGAAGCGGGCCACCGGGCGGCUGGGAGGACAGACGACCUGAAAGGGGGGAGGAAAACGCCGGAGCUUAGGUGGACAAGAUGCCCCUGGCACAGUUGGCAGAUCCGUGGCAGAAGAUGGCACUGGGGAGGACGGUGGGAGAGGAUGUCCAUCACGAUCUCGAGGAUUCGGUGGGUGAGGACGACUCCCUGUCUGCCUGCACCGAUGACGUGCCAGUGAAGGAGAUCAAUAUCACUCACCAUGUGAAGGAGGGGUCAGAGAAGGCCGACCCGCGGCAGUUUGAGCUGCGCAAAGUCCUGGGACAGGGCUCCUUCGGCAAGGUGUUCUUGGUGAAGAAGAUCACAGGUCCAGAUGCCGGCCAGCUGUACGCCAUGAAGGUCCUGAAGAAAGCCACGCUGAAAGUGAGGGACCGCGUCAGGACGAAGAUGGAGCGAGACAUCCUGGUGGAAGUGAACCAUCCCUUUAUCGUCAAACUGCACUACGCGUUUCAGACGGAGGGGAAGCUCUACCUGAUCCUGGACUUCCUGAGAGGAGGAGACCUUUUCACUCGUCUCUCCAAAGAGGUGAUGUUCACAGAGGAGGAUGUGAAGUUUUACCUAGCAGAACUCGCUCUGGCCCUCGACCACCUGCACGGCCUCGGCAUCAUUUACAGAGACCUCAAACCGGAAAACAUUCUGCUGGAUGAGGAUGGCCACAUCAAGCUUACUGACUUCGGCCUCAGUAAGGAGUCGAUAGACCAUGAGAACAAGGCGUACUCGUUCUGUGGGACGGUGGAGUACAUGGCUCCAGAGGUGGUGAACAGGCGAGGACACACACACAGCGCCGACUGGUGGUCGUACGGCGUGCUCAUGUUUGAGAUGCUAACGGGAACGCUGCCGUUUCAAGGAAAAGACCGGAAAGAGACCAUGACCAUGAUCCUCAAGGCCAAGUUGGGGAUGCCUCAGUUUUUGAGCUCCGAAGCGCAGAGUCUCCUCAGGAACCUUUUCAAACGCAACCCGUCAAACAGACUAGGAGCUGGGCCAGACGGCGUGGAGGAGAUCAAGAGGCAUCAGUUCUACAACACCAUCGACUGGAAUAAACUGUACCGCAGAGAGAUCCACCCUCCCUUCAAGCCGGCUUCGGGACGGCCCGACGACACGUUCUAUUUCGAUCCCGAGUUCACGGCGAAAACACCCAGAGACUCUCCUGGAGUUCCUCCCAGUGCCAACGCCCAUCAGCUGUUCAGAGGAUUCAGUUUUGUGGCCAUAACAGAGGAGGAAACACAGCCAGUAUCCAACACUAUUGUACAGCAGCUGCACAGAAGCACGUCCCAGUUCUCAGACACAUACGACAUCAAGGAGGACAUCGGCGUCGGCUCGUACUCCAUCUGUAAGCGGUGCGUUCACAAAGGGACCGGGAUGGAGUACGCCGUCAAGAUCAUCAGCAAGGCGAAGAGAGACCCGUCGGAGGAGGUGGAGAUCCUGCUGAGAUACGGACAGCACCCCAACAUCAUCACCCUGAAGGAUGUGUAUGACGACGGCCGGUCGGUGUACCUGGUGACCGAGCUGAUGAAGGGCGGCGAGCUGCUCGACAAAAUCCUCCGGCAGAAGUUUUUCUCGGAGCGCGAGGCGAGCGCCGUGCUCUACACCAUCACCAAGACUGUGGAGUACCUGCACGUACAGGGGGUGGUGCACAGAGACCUGAAGCCCAGCAACAUCCUCUACGUGGACGAGAGCGGGAACGCCGAGUCCAUCAGGAUCUGCGACUUCGGGUUCGCCAAGCAGCUGCGGGCGGAGAACGGCCUCCUCAUGACGCCGUGCUACACCGCCAACUUUGUGGCCCCCGAGGUGUUGAAGAAACAAGGCUACGAUGCAGCCUGCGACAUCUGGAGUCUCGGAGUCCUGCUGUACACCAUGCUAACAGGUUUCACUCCCUUCGCUAACGGCCCGGAGGACACGCCCGAGGAGAUUCUGGCUCGCAUCGGCAGCGGGAAGUUCUCUCUCACCGGAGGAUACUGGAACUCUGUUUCCACCGAGGCGAAGGACCUGGUGUCGAAGAUGCUGCACGUCGACCCGCACCAGCGGCUGACAGCAGGCCAGGUCCUCCGACACCCCUGGGUGACACACAGAGACCAGCUGCCCAAGUACACCCUCAACAGACAGGACGCCCCGCACCUCGUCAAGGGGGCGAUGGCGGCCACCUACUCAGCCCUCAACAGGAACGUCCCGCCAGUCCUGGAGCCGGUGGGCUGCUCCACUCUGGCCCAGCGGAGGGGGGUGAAGAAGAUCACCUCCACUGCUCUGUGACCUCAUGACCUUUAACCCCUCUGCCCCCCCCUUUUCCCCGCCCUGACCCCUCCCCCGUCAACUCUGACCUCGAUCUGACCCCCGCCGGACCCCCUCUAGUCCGCCGGGACAGACUACUGAUGGACCUAGGAACCGCUAACGCCAAAUAGGAGCACAGAAACCGCCCUCCGCCCGCCGUCCCGCACCGUCACGGACUCCAGAUUUCCUCUCCCGCCUCGCCGUCGAGUCGCCGGAGUCCGUGUGCUUCUGGUUCCACCUCAGCUGAGCUUCGCUGAGCCGGGAUGAAAACCCGUGGAGGUUUUCGGGCCGCGGUCGGAGAGUCGUAUCCGGUCCCUGCUUCGGACAAUCAGCGCCGCCUCGUAGACCCAGAGACUCACGCGUCAGGAAAACAGAUGAGCUGUAUUUAUUUACACGUAACGGGGAAAUUUUGAAUAUGAUAGGAACAUGGUAAUCUAAUGUAUGCAUUUAAAGACCUAGGAUCAUUGUUAUUAUACUGUCGUUAUCGUACUGCGUAGCUGUAGAUCAUGCAUUUAAACCUCAAGUAGCCUCUGAGAUGACCGCGUCGGCAGACGGAGGAAGGACCGUUAUGGCACCCUCAUCAUCACAAGAAGACGAAGCAGAUUCUGCAGAGACACACAGCUCCGGCCGAGCCUCCUCUGACCCCCACAAGGAGCCGCCUCGGCCUCAAGGUGUCGCCCUCACGCGUUUGUGUUCACCUGCAUCCUGAGUCAGACCUCGCACGGCGUCACAGCCCUGGAGGAAACCCCGGAAACAGGCUGGUCCAAAAAUAGUUUUUAACACGGUGCCGUGGCGAGAAGGAAAAGUCACACCGCACGAUGAUUUUCUUCUCAGGCACAAACAACACAGAUAUUUCCAGUAUUUUAACCCUCCAAACAAAAAAAAAAAAAUCAGCGUGGAAAGUCUCAGCCUCAGCAUUUGGCUUCGAUUUUUAAAGCCCACCGUUGGUCCAGCGAUGUCUCAUAGUGGCUGAGGAAUCUAGACGUUCAUUUUGAGGCUGAAGUAGACCUUUGCUGUGCCUUUGUGUGACAAAUAUUUUUUUUACAUCCUCCAAGUAUAAAAUGAUAUUUUAUAACCACUUUUUUUUUACCAGCCCUUUUUUCCUAGGAUGCCACAUUUCCUCCGGGGUUUGACACCGACUUAAAGCUGCUCAUUUAACACCAUCAGCACCAGUAAAGCUAAAUUUGUUAGUGGUUAAAUCGUUCACAGCAGAUUCAGCCUUUGUCGCUGAGCGUGCACGAUAACGUUUUGUAUUUUUUACCGUCGCACUUCCUGUGUGAACCCCUGAGGAUCAUAAAAGAUCCCAUAAGUGUUUGUAACGUGUUCAAACGUGUCAGGAAAUACAAACGCACAACAGCGACACCUUGAGGCUGUUUGGGCUACAAACGUGGCUGCACUGAGUGACACGAGGAGACGUUUGCACAACUAACGUAAGAGAAUAUGGGGUGUGUUUGCUUGCGGGGUUGUGUCUGUGUGUGUGUGUGUGUGUGUUCUUCCUGUAGAGGAGUCAGAUUUUGGCCCGGCAGCAUCCUCCACUUCCCACACAACAGGAGUGUGUCCUGGUUACCUGGCAACACGGCGUCCUGGUUACCGAACACGUUUAUUUCCCUUUGCCUUCACCACACCGUUUUGCUGUCCGAUGACUAAACGGUGGAAAACUUCCUAACGGCAGACACGAUGUCGGACCUCAGAGGAGGAAGUCGGCCAGGAGAAACCUCUGCCUCCACUGCCGGAAACCCAACUGUACACACACCUGCACCGGGAUCAGCCUCCGACCUUCUGCACGAGUGUGUGAAGCACUGAUGUCGUCUGUGCGCGCGACAGACCGGGAGCUGAACUGUACAUAUGCGUUGAGCAACUCAGGUUUCUAUGAACUAAGACAAUGCAUUUUUUUUAUAUAUGUCCAGUAGGAGAGCUAUGUACAUAAGCACACAGAGCUUUGUGGUGGAGCCGGAUCGACGACAUGCCACGUGGACACGGUCCUGUCCGGAAACGACGAAGAGCUGCAUUCCAAAAUGUACCCAAAAGUUCAUCAUCCCAUUUUCUUAAUUUCAGAGGAUCCCAUUUUUCGUCAUGAGUUAAAUUCAUCGUUCGUUUUGUAACAGCAGGCGCCGCACACGGUCUCCUUUUGGAAUGAAACUCUUCAGCUCUCACCGCCUCGCCUCACUUCCUGUCCUGCAGAUCCACAGCAGGGAGGCGAGCGUCGGGCGUCGUUUCUCCACAGGACCAGAGUGACUGAAUCCGCUGAGUCAUCAUGCACAUGCACAACAUGUUAAAAAAAAAAAAAUCCUAAUGUGUUCAUGUGUGCGAUACAAAGAAUGUUCUGUCAGCAAUCCCUUUAAACUAAGCCUAACUCCACCUGUGCGUUCAACAAGUCCGAGUGUAGCAGCAGCGAUCUGAGGACGGGUUCACACAUUUCCCAUCAGCCACAUCGGCCGCCGUCUUGAAGAUCCACUGGAGAAUUCAUUUUCCACAAAUAGUGACUAAUGAAUGACUUAAUAAAUGUAAAAACAAGCAGCUAGAAACUUGGAGCGGGAGCAUCUCGUUGUGUUGUCGCAGUAAACGGUCUCAUCAUCAGCCCCCGUCUCCGCUCCAAAACAUGAAGAGCUGUAGCCCAAAACGACCUGAACAAACUGCCAGCUCGCCGACAAGCUGACUAAACACGAAAUAAAUCAGAUGAUCAGUGAAGAUGGGAUCAGUUUACAGUCCAAAAAACAGCACAUAAACAAACCAGGUCUUUUCAGUUUUCUUAAAAUGGUGUAAACAGCAGAUAUAGAAACAAGCAAUGAUGAUGAUGAUGAUGAUGAUAAUUAUAAUAAUAAUGAUAAUACUAAUACUCUUUAUUUAUCGAGCACUUUUCAAAAUCCACGUUACAAACUGUUUCAUAAAGGCAACAUAAAAUAAACAAGACAUAAACUCAUCACGUUUGGAGCAUAAAAACUCAAACUCAAAUUCAAAUUCAAACUCAGAUAAAACCAGGAAGGCUCUCUGAUCAAAGCAAAAGUAAAGUUUUAAGAAGGAACUCAAAAUAAAUCACCGACUCGGCCGACCGGAUCGUUCCAGAGCCUCGGGGCCCGAACUGCCGACGCUCUGUCCCCCUUUAGUUUUCAGGCGGGCGGCUGGAACAGACUGAAGAGCUUUGAGCCGGGAUGUCAAGGAGCUGUGUUCGUUAAAAAAAACAAACAGAAAACAGCCCUCGAUGCUUUCUGUCAGACAUUUCAGUCGGAAAAGAGGGCAGCGCUCCCUCAGGCCGCCACAGGGGGUGUUUGUUUUCCAUCCCCUGAAAGCCCUCUGUUUGUCAGGCCUGGGUGGGACGUCCCGUCGGGGUCGCGGCCGCCCUCUCCGGUGGAUCAGAGCGGUGUGAUGCUGUCCUGUGUCUGUCUGUGCCUAUGCUUCACUGUACCUCGUCCCAGCAGGGCUGCAGUGGGACGAGCGGGGACCUGUCCUGUGUCCACACUGGAGACAAUCAGCUGUAAAAAAACAAAACAAACAAACAAAAAAAAAAAACACAAACACAAACACAGGCUCUGCAAACUCACCAGGCCUCGCUCCCGCCCCCGUGAACCCUCCCUCCACCCUGCUCCCCAUCAGGUUGAUUAUUUAAACUUCAUCACUGUCUGCUCUCUCUCCUGGGUCAUCUGAAUGUUUGUUAACAUAAGGGAUGUACAAGUUCAAAUUUUCUUUGUCAUUGUUUUAUAUAUAUGUGUAUAAAUAUAUAUAAAUAAUGUGCAUUGCAUCUUUGCCUCAUAUUCGUCUUUAAUUGUACAGCUUUGGGGAAGGAAUGUAAAAGGAAUGUGUCUUCAAGUGAUUUUUUUUCUCUCAUUAAGAACGGGGUAAAUGCUUUCUAUUUUUGUUUUUGGCCCUUGACUUCAUGUUGUCCCCCCUCCCUCUUCAUGUUGCCCCCCCCCCCCGCCUCUUCAUGUUGUCCUGUCGAGACUGUCCUGCCGCUCAGUGUCGCGUUCAGCCCCGCUGCUCGCCCAGCUCUCUGUUUUUGUAUCUGCAGCGAGGGCUGGACUUUCUACAAAAAUGAAUAAAAAAGGAUGUUCAGCGAACAAAA